GCAGGCCAAAGUCCUUUUUACUGAAAGCCCUCCGCUGCCAGACGCGUCCGGUCAGUCACGUGGCGCUGUUUUGCAACGCGUCGCGAUUGGUCUUGUUGAAUCAGAUCUUGAGCACUGCCAUCAUCCACACUCGCCACCGUUCCACCAUGAGCUCAUCCGAGGGCGAGUACGGUAACUUCGAUUCGGGCUCAGAGUCGGAAGACUUCGUGCCUACCACUAAGAAGGCAAAGGCUCCCGCUAAACCCAAGGUCACCAAGGCCAAAGCCACUCCUGCCACGAAGUCCAAGGCUGCUUCCUCGAAGACCGCCGCCCCGAAGCCGAAGGCAACAAAGAAGAAGGUGUUAGUUGACCACGACGACAAUGCGGAGGACGCUGCGAUGGAAAUUGAUUCGGACGUGGACGACGAUGCAGGGUCCUCUGCUGCUCGAGUAACGCAGCCUACUGCUCCAGGGAAGAAGAAAUCGGCUUCAGAGACUUAUCAAAAACUUACGCAACUAGAGCACAUUCUCAAACGUCCCGACUCAUAUAUCGGAAGCGUUGAGACUAUUACUCAAGCCAUGUGGACGUAUGAUGCAGCCACUAAGCGCAUGGUGAAUCGCGAAGUCAAAUUCGUCCCCGGAUUCUACAAGAUAGUAGAUGAGAUUCUCGUCAACGCUGCCGAUAACAAGAUCAACGACCCAAGCAUGGACACCAUCAAGGUCAAUAUUGACGUCGAGGAAGGAACCAUUUCCGUCUAUAACAACGGAAGGGGUAUUCCCAUAGAGAUGCAUUCUCAAGAGAAGAUGUAUAUUCCAGAGCUCAUCUUCGGUCACCUCCUCUCUUCCUCCAACUACGAUGACGACGAGAAGAAAUUGACUGGUGGACGUAACGGUUAUGGAGCGAAACUUGCCAACAUCUAUUCCCACGAAUUCACUGUUGAGACUGCCGACAAAAACACUCAUCAGAAGUACAAGCAAACUUGGACGCAGAAUAUGAGCAUCUGUGGGAAACCAAAGAUCACGAAGAACGCCAGGGGAGAGGAGUGGACCAAAGUCUCUUUCAAGCCCGAUCUCGCGCGGUUUGGAAUGGACUCCAUCGACGAGGAUACAGCAGCUCUAUUGCGCAAACGGGUGUAUGAUAUGGCAGGGACGGUGAGGGACGUGAAGGUUUUUCUUAAUGACGAAAGGGUCAAAGUCAAAAACUUCAAGCAAUACGUCGAAAUGUAUCUCAACUCUGCUCAGGCGGAGGCUGAAGACAAGUCAGGUGGCGCCGCUCAAUCGAAACCAACGGUGAUAUACGAGCAGAUUAAUCCGCGUUGGGAAGUUGCUUUCGCCAUCUCUGAGGGAUCGUUCCAGCAUGUCGCCUUUGCCAACUCGAUUGCUACUGUCAAAGGUGGUACCCAUGUCACCCUCAUCUCGGAUCAAAUUUCGAAGAGCUUGUUGGCAGCGGUCUCGAAGAAAAACAAGGCCGCUUCUGUAAAAAGCCAGCAGAUCAAGAACCAUAUGUGGAUCUUCAUCAAUGCUCUCAUCGAGAAUCCUACAUUUGACAGUCAAACCAAAGAAACCUUGACUCUGCCUGCGUCGAAGUUCGGGACGAAACCCGUUGUGUCGGAAGAUUUCCUGAAGAAAGUCCAAAAGUCUCCCAUCAUCGAACAUAUCCUGAACUGGGCUCAAUUCAAGGCCGAUCAGCAAAUCAAGAAAACCGAUGGCACGAAACGUAGCAGGAUCACAGGUCUGCCUAAGCUGUCUGAUGCCAACAUGGCCGGCACCAAAAAUGCCAAGAAUUGCACUCUUAUCUUGACAGAAGGAGAUUCUGCCAAAACUAUGGCCCAGGCGGGUCUCAGUGUCGUUGGACGAAAUAAUUUUGGUAUAUUCCCCCUUCGUGGUAAAGUUUUGAAUGUUCGCGAAGCAAAACACGACCAAAUCAUGAAGAACGAGGAAAUCCAGAACAUCAAGAAGAUUUUGGGCCUGCAGCACAACAAAGAGUACAAGGAUGUUUCGUCGUUGCGGUACGGCCAACUUAUGCUUAUGACGGAUCAGGACCACGAUGGCUCUCAUAUCAAAGGCCUCCUCAUUAAUUACCUUGAUCAUUUCUAUCCGUCUCUAUUAAAGUUGCCGGGAUUCCUUGUUGAAUUCGUGACACCUAUCGUUCGGGUCACGAAAGGCAACCAGCGUAAAGACUUCUUUACUAUUCCUGAAUACGAAGAAUGGGUGGAAAGAACGCCGGACUCCGCGAAAUGGAAAGCGAAGUAUUUCAAGGGUCUCGGUACAAGUAAAGACACUGAUGCCGUUGAGUACUUCGCAAACAUGGGCAAGCAUGUAAUUCCCUUCUCGCCGCUCAAGGAGGAAGAAAGAGAAGAGAUCGACCUCGCUUUCAGUAAGAAGAAAGCCGAUGAGCGAAAGGAAUGGCUUCGUCAGUUCCGGCCCGGAACAUUUUUGGACCACAACUUGGAUGAGAUAUCCUACUCGGAGUUCAUCAACAAGGAGCUUAUUUUGUUCUCCAUGGCUGAUAAUAUUCGAUCUAUACCCUCUGUUGCCGAUGGGUUGAAACCUGGUCAAAGGAAGAUCAUAUGGUCUUGUUUCAAGCGAAAUCUGAAGUCGGAAAUCAAGGUGGCCCAGCUUGUUGGUUAUGUCUCCGAAAAAUCUGCGUACCAUCACGGUGAAGCUAGUUUAGCAGCGACUAUAGUCAAUCUCGCGCAGAAUUUCGUUGGAUCCAACAACAUUAACUUGCUUCUUCCCAACGGACAAUUCGGUUCUCGCGACCAGGGUGGAAAAGAUCAUGCCUCGCCUAGGUAUAUUUUUACAGAGCCUUCCCCUAUCACUCGAUCGAUCUUCCAUCUUGCCGACGAUGCACUACUGAACGCCCAAGAGGACGACGGGCAGGUCGUUGAACCUGAAUGGUAUCUCCCUGUUCUACCCAUGAUCCUAGUCAAUGGAGCGGAGGGCAUUGGUACCGGUUGGAGUACGAACGUUCCUUGUUUCAAUCCAGUCGACAUUGUGGCCAACCUUCGCCGGCUAAUGAAUGGCGAGGAAGUGGUGCCUAUGCAUCCGUGGUGGCACCGCUUUACCGGAGAAGUCAAGCCGACAGGAAAGAACAAGUAUGAAGUGAUCGGUACCGCGAGGAAGGUCGACAACAGCACUGUCGAGGUAACCGAACUUCCUAUUCACAAGUGGACCGCGAACUUCAAAAAGGAUCUCGAAGCAAUGAUGGCUGGUGACAAGACAGAUGCAGUCAAGAAUUACCAAGAGCACCAUUCCAACGAGAACGUGCACUUCGUGAUUGAGAUGAAUCCUAAGGAGAUGGAGAAGGCGGAAGCUCAAGGCUUCAACGAGUACUUCCAGCUCACGACAAAGAUUAGCACUGCAAACAUGAUAUGUUUCGAUUUUGAAGGCAAGAUCAAGAGGUAUGACUCGCCAGAGGCCAUCGUGGAGGAUUUCUAUCCUAUACGCAUGGCGUACUAUCAGAAGCGCAAGGACUACCUAGCUGGCGAACUUCAGGACGCCUUCGAGAAGCUCUCGAACCAAGCCCGUUUUGUGCAAAUGAUCGUGGACAAGAAGCUUGUCGUGUCGAACCGCAAGAAGGUGGACAUUGUCGCUGACUUGAGACGUCAUGAAUUCCGCCCGUACCCCAAGAAGCCUAAGGGUCCUAAGGUUUCAGACGACAACGAGAACCAGGACAACAUAGACGAAGAAGUUGACGACGAACUUGAUACUGACUUCGACUAUCUGCUUACUAUGCCGAUUUACAACUUGACGAAGGAGAAGAUUGACAAACUCCGCCAACAAGCUGCUGACAAGGAGGCGGAGCUUCUUGCUUUGUUGGAGGUCACACCCAAGCAAAUGUGGAACGAGGAUCUCGACCACUUCUUGGUCGUGUAUGAGAAACAUCAACAUGAAGUCCAACAAGCCGCGAUGAAGGCUAGUGGCCAAAAAGGCAAGAAGAAGCAAGGCACCCUGAAGACGCGGAAAUCUAUCGGAUCACGCAACAAGGGCUCAGACGAUGACGAAGACUUCAAGCCUGUCAAAGCUGCACCGAAGAAAAAGCCGGUUGGAAAGCCGGUGGCGAAACGUGAGGAUGAUGACGAUGAUGACAUGCCUCCGCCACCAGCGCCCAAGCGCGCUGCAGCUGCCAAGAAGAAGCCAAAGGACGAAUCUGACGACGAUUUUGACCUUGUCGAGGUUCAAAAGCCUGCCCCUAAGAAGAAACCUGUGGCUAAGUCAAAACUGCCCGAGUCUGAUUCCGACGACGAUGUUGCCAUCGUAGCCAAGAGCACGGACAAGGGCAAGGAGAAAGCGAAGCCAGCACCCAAGCGGAAAAGUUUAGAGAUGGAGGAGGAAGAUGACGUUGAGGACGAGCCAGCGCCCAAGAAGAAGAAAGCCGGGACCUCCCAGCCAGCGGUUACGGACUACUUCACCAAGGCUGGGCCUUCUGAACCCAAGAAAACGAAGCUAACUAAGAAGAUGAAGCCAGCUUCUCCUCCUAAGGCGAAGAAGUCACCUCCCAAGGCUGUAGAUAGUGAUGACGAUGACGACAUGGACUAUGAUGCUAUACCCAAGCCUCCUCGUACCGCCCGGCCCCCAAGGUCGGCAGCGGCCACAGCUAGUAGAAACUACAUGGAAAUCGAAGACAGUGACGAGGAAAACGGAGAUGAUUCGAUCUUCGUCGACGAGGAUUAGUAACUUAUCGACAUAGAAAUUCUUUAUAAUAGGUGUAUUUAUACGUGUCAUUUCAUGUCUUCUCAUGCGUUAUUAAUUUUUCUUUUGCUGC